AUGUUACUGUACUAUUUCGCGAGCGCCGUCAAGUCGAUACAGUUCCAUGUGGACGAUGACAUCAUCGACAAGCUCAAUUACUACUAUACAACAGCCAUCAUUACCGUGUUUGCCAUACUCGUCUCAGCCAAGCAGUAUGUUGGAUUUCCGAUACAAUGCUGGGUACCGGCAACGUUCACCGAACCCAUGGAGCAAUACACGGAAAACUACUGUUGGGUACAAAAUACGUACUUUUUACCAUUACACGACUACAUUCCGCACAAUUACGCGGAACGAGAAAAUCGACAAAUCGGGUAUUAUCAAUGGGUACCAUUUGUAUUGGCCUUGGAAGCUUUAUUAUUUUACGUACCAACGAUCGUUUGGAGGUUAUUGAGCUGGCAGUCAGGUUCGUGCCCUUUAUAG